AACAAUCUCUAGCUAUUUUCAGGCAAAUGUUAUGACUUAUAUAUAGCUUGCAGUUUAAUCUUACGCGCGCGUGCUUUGAAUGCUCGCGGUAGCAGUAAAUUAUUGAAAUGGGAAGUUGUGACGAGGUUAGACGGAUAUUACGUCACUGGGAGCCAUCAUUCCCUGAUUGUGAUGAGAGUGCUCCUGCAGAGGUCUUUGAUAGACAUCCUCUAUCUGCAAUGAUGAUUAGUGCUGACAGUGAAUGCGGAAGGAAAGAUAAUCUUGUACUAAUUUUGAAUUCUUGGAAGUCUGAAUGGUAUCGGGAAGGAGUUCAAGUUCCUGUAAAGGACGCUAGCAAUCAACCUCGACCUGUCUAUAAGUGAGUUUGUGAACGAAACUGUUACUUUAGGAAACUUGACAUUUCAUGCCAAAAGCGCCGUUGUCCUCGAUUUAUUAUGUAAGUCAUAUCUUUAUUUUAUCCCCGAAGGCCUGAAAAACUUCGAGUUGAAUCUGCUGGUGGUAACUUUAACGAAACCACUCAUAUGUUGGUUAAGAAGAAAAAGAUUGCUCCAUAUUACAAUAUCGAUGAUUUAGAUUACUCGUGGAUUGCAACUGUAAACGAAGAAAGAGAAUGCUUAGGACAAGUACUUGUUGAGGACUGGAUGCUUGAGAAGGUCAUCAGUACACUGGAGUAUCUUACUUAUGUUAAGAUGCGUGAGAAAAUUAAAGAGAUAGACGUGCAGUCUUUAGAAUUCGAUGAAAAUGCCAGAUGUGACAUAUGUUUAUCGUUUGAAGGUGAAGAUGGCAACGAGUUGGUCUUUUGUGAUGGUUGCUUCCUGUGUGUUCAUCAGGCGUGUUAUGGCAUUCUUCAAAUCCCUGAAGGAUCAUGGAUGUGUCGACAGUGUGAGGCGGGUGUCAAGUCAACCACUCCCUGCUGUUUAUGUCCAAAUACUGGUGGAGCUAUGAAACUUUCAGAUGACGGACAACGUUGGUGUCAUGUUAGCUGUGCACUGUGGGUUCCCGAAGUUGGGUUUGGUGACGUCGAAAUGAUGGAACCCAUUAUAAAACUAGACAAUAUACCACAGGCUAGACGAAACCUUUUGUGUUCAAUAUGUCGUUCACGCUAUGGUGCUCCUGUACAGUGUUCUAGUGUUAAAUGUAAGACAGCAUUUCAUGUCACAUGUGCGUUCCAAAGCAACCUCGUCAUGCGCCAAGAGCUUGUUGACAAGGAUGUGCGCUUAAUAGGGUUGUGUUGGAAGCAUUCCCGAAAAGAGCAACAGUCAACAACUCAUCAUUCUUCUGCUAGCUGUGACUCAAAUUCUUUUCGUGCUCCGAAUUCUCCUAUCAAGGCGCAUGAUGCAAAUCAAAACUUUGGUAGUGGAAUGCAACCCGUAGCCUUAACGCGUAAACAAAGACUCCUUGAACUGGAGUGUAAUUUUCAUAAUUUGGUGCAAGAGUCCCACUUGAAUAUCUGGCUAGAUAAUGACUCUAUGAAAAUGCAUUUAGGAAAUUCGGCUUUUCAAAAUGUUAGUGAAAACAGACACAUUCCUAAUGACAUCCGUGCAGCCAUCUUCGUUUACUGGCGUUUGAAAAGGCGCUCAAACUUUAACCAACCACUAGUCAAUCCAGUUCCAUUAACUUGGAAAGAAAGUGCUGAUCAAGUAGCUGCCACGACCAAGGAAGAACUAGCUCGAGUAGAACGUGCUAAUUCUGAUAUGAAAGCAUUUGAGUCAUUCAAACGUAUCAGAUUCGGUCUUGACAGGGCUAGAUUAAUGGCAGAUAUGGUCUUACAAAGAGAACGACGAAAGUUAGCUUUGUUUAAGAGAAUGUGGCGUAUAUCUGAAAUCCAAUUGACUGCUCUUGAAAAACAAAAUAGUCUAGUAUCCAGUGAAUUACUCCGGACUGUUCAUAUCGGUGAAUCUGUUUAUGAUAAUUGGGAAUUGUUUUUAGCUCAUAGUAAUCCUUCGCAUCAGCGUGUUGAUCAGGGUAAACAUAUGUCCUACAUUAAGGAAUCUGAUAACGAGUCAAAGUCUUCAUCUGUUUAUACUGUUAGUGAAAACAACUCUAGUUUUUUGCAGACUUCUAUACCUAAUACAACUAUAAAAGUAAACGAAAACAUUGAUUCAUUCAAUAUUAGUGCUAUUCCUAAAGAAUGUCUGAUUGUUUCCGAUACCAUUAAACAGAGACUUCGUUCUGCAUUAACACUAGUCGCGGAAAAUUGUAAUAUGUGGAGAGCAGACAAGCAUGUAGAAAGUCCCAAUCAUAAGCGUAAAACAAAUAAUUAUUAUAUCAAAUCACAUAAGUCUCUUUCAUUUAAUCGAUUUGAACGUUCACCCUCAAGAUCUCACUGUUCUUCACCAUUAACUUCAUCAACUAGAAUAAAUAAACCAUUAGAAAAUGAUAUGCCUAUUGUUCAAGUGAAAUUAUCGCCAAUUCCAGAUAGAGCAUCAUUUAAUUGUGUUAAAAAUGUGAAUAGUGAAUGUACGCCUACAAAAAGGCGUAAACAAUUGAAUACUUCUAAUUCAGUUUUCGAACAAUCACCACCUAGUCAUUCUAUUCCUGUUCUUACUAAAUUAGCGAUGAUUACUUUAUCACCGGGGGCUGCUAAAUUUCUAUAAGCUUUUUCUUCACACAAGAUUUUAACUAUAUAAUUUGUAUUGUCUUGUAUAUAAUAUAUUGUAUAACUGUAUUAUAUGGUUAGAAUUUAUCAUUGAACAUAUCUCUUUUAUAUCCUGUACAUAAUUUUAUUUACUUUCUCAGAUAAUUUGCUUUCUGCUAUACUGGUUUUAUUACUUCACGAUAACACUGUAUAUGGCGAUCUAUUCUGUAAUUUUUUCAACAUAUUGUUAUCGUGUUAAUAUUUUAUUUUUUUGCUUUCCAUGUAUUGUUUCCGAGAUAUUUUGUUACAUAUGUUUCUUCAUGUAUUCGUUACUUGCAAAAAAAUAGAGGGCUUGUAACAUUGUUUA